GGGCUCCCUGCGCUCCUCGGCUGAGCCCGGGGAUGUGCCGGCGCCCGGAGGAAUUAUUUUGGAACUAGCACGGAGCGGUGCGAGGAGGACGAGCGGCACAGCGUUUCACAGCUGCGAGGAGGUCGUCCGGCGGUGCUGUAUAGGCAAACAAAUAUCACUUGCUGUGUCAUAGCACAUGGAUUUCAGGACCGCCUGUGAAGAGACAAAGACAGGGGUUUGUUUGCUGCAGGAUGGUAACCAGGAGCCUUUCAAAGUGCGAUUGCACUUAGCCAAAGAUAUUUUGAUGAUCCAGGAGCAGGAUGUGAUCUGUGUGUCUGGUGAGCCUUUCUAUUCUGGUGAAAGAACAGUAACAAUAAGAAGACAGACUGUAGGAGGAUUUGGAUUAAGUAUAAAGGGUGGAGCAGAACAUAAUAUUCCAGUGGUCAUUUCUAAGAUUUCCAAAGAACAAAGAGCGGAACUUUCAGGUUUGCUCUUUAUAGGAGAUGCAAUUCUACAGAUUAAUGGAAUUAAUGUGAGAAAAUGCAGGCAUGAAGAAGUGGUACAGGUCCUUCGCAAUGCAGGGGAAGAAGUGACCCUAACUGUGUCCUUUCUGAAAAGAGCACCUGCUUUUCUCAAACUGCCACUGAAUGAAGACUGUGCAUGUGCCCCCAGUGACCAAAGCAGUGGCACAUCCUCCCCCCUCUGUGACAGUGGUUUGCAUCUCAACUACCACCCCAACAACACGGAUACAUUAUCAUGUUCUUCAUGGCCAGCAUCCCCAGGACUUAGGUGGGAGAAAAGGUGGUGUGAUCUUCGAUUAAUUCCGCUUCUUCAUUCACGAUUUUCCCAGUACCUUCCAGGAUCAGAUUUGUGCAGGCAAAACGCAUUCCAAGUAAUUGCUGUGGAUGGGGUUUGCAGUGGAAUAAUUCAGUGUCUCUCUGCUGAAGACUGUAUUGACUGGCUACAAGCAAUAGCAAGUAACAUUUCCAACCUCACAAAGCACAAUAUUAAAAAAAUCAACAGGAAUUUUCCCGUAAACCAGCAGAUAGUCUACAUGGGCUGGACGGAAGAACGGGAACAAGACUCCCUUCAGGACCGAAUGUACACACCAAAGUUUCUAGCACUGAGGGGAUCUUCCCUGUAUAAAUUCAUAGCACCUCCAGUCACAACCUGGGAUUGGACACGAGCUGAGAAAACAUUUUCAGUAUAUGAGAUAAUGUGCAAAAUUCUCAAGGACAGUGAUCUACUGGACCGUCGGAAACAUUGCUUCAGUGUCCAGUCUGAAUCUGGAGAAGACCUUUACUUUUCUGUGGAGCUAGAGUCUGACCUAACACUAUGGGAAAAAGCCUUCCAAACAGCAACUUUUUUAGAAGUUGAACGGAUACAGUGCAAGACAUAUGCCUGUGUUCUAGAGAGUCACCUUAUGGGACUUACCAUUGACUUUAGCAUGGGCUUUGUCUGUUUUGAUGCUGCCACAAAGGCUGUGCUUUGGAGGUACAAGUUUUCCCAGCUCAAAGGUUCUUCAGAUGAUGGGAAGAGCAAAAUCAAAUUUUUGUUCCAAAACCAAGAUACUAAACAAAUUGAAGCAAAGGAGCUGGAGUUUUCUAACCUGUUUGCAGUCCUUCACUGUAUUCACUCAUUCUUUGCAGCCAAAGUGGCUUGUUUGGACCCUUUGUAUGUAGGCAGCCAAGCCACAACUUCUGCUGCUCCCACAACUUCUGGUACUGGCAAAUUAAAGUAUACUACUGGACAUCCCCCAUGACAGCACUGCCACUUAACAACAAGACAUAAAAAUGUAUAAAUAUUCAUAAGAUUUAGACUUUUGGUGAACCAUGUAUGUGGAAACCAAUCCUGGAGGCAAGACAUCUUGCAGCAUCAGCAGAAAAAUGGUCACGUGGGAUCAUAACUUCAUCUCAGUUCUGAAAGACAUCAGUAAAUAAUCCUAGUCAAAACCCCAGAAUAGGAUGGAUAUGCUUUUAGUAUUAUCUAUUUGUACUUACAUAGUGCUUUAAGCAACAUUGGAAGCAAAGGAAUAAAUGGCAAAAUGAAGCACUUGAGUAUUUAAUAAAAUUUUCAAAUUGCUGUAAUAAUACACAAACAGAAUUGUCAUUUUCCUCUUUUCAGAUGUUUUUUAUGACAAUAUGCUAAACUCUGAGUAUGAACAUAAUGCCCUAUCAUUAUAUUAUAAAUGAGAGCAAGCAUAUAGUACAUGGUGACAAAGGAGACAAGCAUGAAAAGACAUUUGUGUAAGUACCUCCUCAAAUAAGAAAGCACUUUAAGCACUGUUGUAAAUCCAUACUUGUGUUUAUACAUGGAGUUAUGCUACUUUUUCCAUUUUGUUCUCUUCAUCCAACAGUAACAAUAUCAAACAUAUAACCAUACUGAUCUGAUUCAUUAAAAACA